AUGAAUUUUAUUUUAUAUGGAAUUUGCAUUCUAACUUUAUAUUUAUAAUAAGGCUUGGGAUCUCCAGUUUGGACUUUGCUAAAUGAUGAUUUAUAACCAAUAAGCACAAAUUAAAGAAUAAAUUAAGACCCUAAUAAUUUUCAAUCAUAUCAAUACUAAUCAAUAUAUAAUAUUACAACAAAUAAUAUUGGAUAUCAAUAAUCCAGAAUAGUUAUAGAAUUAUAAAUCACUGUAAAGUAAAUAAUCAAUUUAUAAUAAUAAUUAUUAGAAAUGUUAAUGAAAGAUAAUUUUUCCAAUUGUUAUUGUUUAAAUAUGGCUAAUGAUAAUUAAAAUUAUAUUUUUGUUUUGGAUCAAAUUUCAAAGCAAUAAAACUAUAUUGAAAUAGUAAUUAAAUUGAAUUAUGAACAUCUUAUUAAAAAUCUUUAAGUUUUUGUCUUAAAAUGUCAUGAAAAUUGUGCUUUAUGUCAUGAUUUAGAAUGUUUAAAAUGUUAAGAUUAAUACAACCUUAAUUUAUUAAAACAAUGUUAAAAAAUUGAUAAUUUUAAUAAAUCAGAAGAUUUAUAAACAUAAUAUUAUCUUGGUUAACAUUACUCUAAUUACCUCUUAUUUGAAAAGACAAAGUUAUUAUUAGAAAUUUAAAAUGGAUAUCUCGAAAAUAACAUUUUAAAUUAAAUUACAACAAAUAGGUCUAAAGAAAUAAUCAUUAAUUAAAAUACUUACGCAGGACCAUUUUUUUUAAAUGAAGGAUUGGAAUAUCCAAAUUUAAACCUAACAUUUAUUAAUCAAAUUAAUAUAAGAGUAGAAUUUACAAUAUUUUUACUCUAUGAAAUUUAUGACUUAGGUAUAAUUUAUUAUUCGAUCAAUGGAUUUGAGAAUUAAUUUUAUAUAUCUCAGAAAAAUAUAGUGGAAAAUUAAAAUUGCAUGUCUACUUCAUUCUAAAAUUGUAAGAUCUUAAAAUUCUAUAAAUUGUUUUAUAAUUUAACAAAAUUAGAUAGCUUGAAAAUUGAAGGCAGCUUUAGUUUACUUCAACAAAACGUAGCUUGGGCUUUUGGUGAUUUCAAAGUAUUUUAGAUUUAAAGUUUAUAAUGCAAAUAUAAAGUUCAUCAAUCAGGUUGUUUUUUAAAGUGUCCACUGGGAACAAUAGAUGAUAAUAAUUUUUGUUUAGAUAGAAUUAACCAUAAAUUUAUUGUUUUGCAUAAUUUCGAAUAUUUCAACAAUAUGGAAUUUUUAAUGAAUAAUCAUAUUUAUCUGACACCUAAUUAAACAUUUUAUAAAUAUGAUAGUAUUACUUAUGAAUUAUUCUAAAGAAAUUUAUAAAUAGAAAUUAAAUUGAAGAAAUAAAUAGAAAUAUCUUUUAAGUUGAUAAUUGUAGAUGCAAGUGUUAAUGAAUCACUUAUAAUAAAUUUUGCUAAUUUUUCUUAUUCUUUUACUAUAACUGAUUUAGAGAUUGUGAAAGCUUAAAUUGGAGCUGAAAGUUUAAAUGAUUAUAGAUUUGAAUUUAAAAGUAAAACAUUUGAAUUAGAAAAUUAUAGAGGAUUUUCUAAACUUUAAAUAAUACGUAAAGGAUGUCCUUAACUUUAGUGUUUUAAUUUUAUAUCAGAAUUAUUAGUGAUAUCUCCAAAAUGUUCAAAUGAUUGUGAAGAAUGUAAUUAAGAAUCUGGAUGUAUUGCACAAUUAGAAGAAAAUAUGAAUUGCCCAUAAGGUUAUAUAUAUUCUAAUUUUGAGUGCCAAUAGUGUGAAGGAAAAUGUAAUAGAUGCAAUAAAAAUUAAUAAUGCCUGGAAUGUAAAGAAGGAUUUAUACUUUUUUCUGGUGAAUGUUACUUAUAAAAAAAUCAUAAAAAUUCAAGACUUUAACCUUUAAGAUUGUGUCGAGAUAACCCUCUAUUUAAUAUUAAUUGCAUAGAGUCAAAUUGUGAUGGAUAAUUCUAAGUAAGAUAUUUUAAUUUGUGCAUUUGCUAAGAUGGUUCUAUAUUAAAUUAAGAUUAUCAAUGCAUUCCUUGUAAAAGUUAAUGUUUAACUUGUAUCGAUAGUACGGCUAGAUGUACAUCUUGUAAUCCUUCUGAAAAUCGUAUAUUACAAUCAGGAUCAUGUAUUUGUUAAGAAGGAUACUAUGAAUAAAAUGGAAAUUAAUCAUGUUAAAAAUGUUUGCCAAAAUGUAAACAAUGUUAAUACAAAGAAUUUAUAUGUACUGAAUGCUAUUUAUCAUAAUAUAAAGUACUUAAUUAAAAUGAUUGUAUAUGUUAAGAAGGAUAUUAUCACGACUUUAUUAACGAUAUUUGUUUAUGUAAUUAAUUAUAUUAUAAUAAUAAUAGAAUGUAAAAAUACAUGUAAGAGUUGUCAAAAUUAUAAUACUUGUAUUGAUUGUGAUAUAUAGUAAUUUAGAGUACUAACAUUAUAAAAUUAAUGUAUUUGCUAAUAAGGAUAUUAUUUAAGUAAUUAAAUAUGCAUUCCUUGUCAUUAUACAUGUCUAGAAUGCAUAGAUUCAUCAGAAUUUAAUAAGUGUAUUAAAUGUUCUUAAGGUAGAAAAAGAAAAAACAUGUAUAUGGAUUAUUUUGAAUGUGUUUGUUAAGAUGGAUAUUUUGAUAUUGGUUAAUAAUAAUGUUAAAAUUGUUAGUUAUUGAAUAAUCCUACAAUAGAUCAUUAUUGUUAUACAAAUUGUGGUGAUGGAAUUAUAUAAUGGAAUGAAGAAUGUGAUAAUGGAGUAUCAAUUCAACGUAAUGGAUGUCAUUAAUGUAAAUUAACUUAAUCUAAAUGUUAAAUUGAUAUUUGUUAGAUUUGUAAUUAAAAAGAAUGUGUAUAAUGUUUUGAUGGAUAUUAUUUAAGAAAUGAUUAUUCUUGUGAUUAAUGUUCUCCUAUUUGUAAAACUUGUAAAUAUAAUCCAUAUAAUUGUAUAACUUGUGCUGAAAAUAAUCAUUAAUGUUCUAAUUGUCUACCUGAAAAAGGAUAUCAUUAUCAUUAAAAUUCUUGUCAAAGUAUUUGUGGAGAUGGUUAUUUAACAUAGGAAGAAUAAUGUGAUGAUGGUAACUUAUUAGAUAAUGAUGGUUGUAAUUCUAAUUGCUAAAUUGAAUAUCAUUUUUUAUGUGGUAAUAUUUGCAUUAAUAAACCUAUUAUGCAUAUUUAAUUACAAGAAAAUAAAUUAGAUAAAUAUUAUUCUAAUCUAAGACAUUAUGAAAUCACUAUUCUCAAUUAUUAAUAUAAUAUUGAUAAAGAAUAAUUUCAUCUAUCUUAUAAAACAAACAAACAAAUUACAUAAAAUCUUUAUAAUAAUUGUGGCGAACUUAAUUACACAAUAAAUAAAUCAUCACUUUAAAAAUUUGACAAUCAAAAAUUCUUUGUAUAACUAAAUCUUAAUCAAUCAUGCAUUGAUUAAUAUCUAAAUUUUGUACUAUUUAAUAAUACUGUUGUUAUUUAUGAAAAAUAGAUCUUAAUUCUUAAUUAUUUUACAAUUUAUGAUCAAUUUUUCUCUCUUUUGGAUUAUGUCAUUAAAUUAUUUGACUUAUUGUUAAAUACUUAUAAUAUCAUUUUUAUAACUAACUUUUUCUUCAUUAAAUCUAAUAAAUACUUAGAAAUAUUAUUUCUUUUCCAAUUGAUAUCAUACUAAAAAAAAUUUAAAAUUUAAAGCCCAAAAUAUUUUGAAUCAUUCUAAGAAUUAUUUAUCCCUUACUAAAUGAUUAUACCUUAAAAGAUUGAUUUUAUUAAUGAAAAAACUUAAUAAGAAUUUCAUCAAAAAUUAAUACUAGAAGAAUUCUCUUUUAUUUUUAAAUAACAUUUGAUUAUAAUUAUAUCUAUAGCCAUAUCUUCAUCAAUUCGUUUAAUAAUCAUAAUUUUAAUGAGAAUUAAUAAAAACCAAAGUCAAUAUUCUUAUAAAAACAUAAAUUAAAAAUUUAUAAAGUAUGCAAUCUAUUCAUUUAUCUAUUUCAUAAACUAUUUUACUCUAUCACUUUAUAUUGUAUUAACACAAAAUAAUAAUACUAUUUAGAAAAUAAUGUAUGUAAUAUCUUAUAUAGCUUGCCAAAUGAAAAUCUAAACAUAUUUAAAAAAACAAAAAUUAAAAUUACGUUUUAUUGUUUUAUUAAAUACUUCUUAUAUUUUAAUUAUUAUGAUGAUGGCAAAAAUUAAAAUUUAUUAACUAUUAUUGGCUUCCUUAAUUAUUGCAGCAAAACUUGUAUUAUCAAUAAUUGAUAAACAUUAAUUUGAAUUAAAAUAUAAGUUACUAUUAGGAAAUCUUUGGGUAACUCAUUUCUUUUUUGUUCUAUUUGAACUCUAUUCAUCCUCUAUCUAGAAACAUGAAUAAUUUAACUAAUUAUUAGGAGGAGUAAUAUUUAUCAAUUAUUUUAUUAUACUUUUUUUUUUAAUUCUUGAUAUAUUAAAAAAUUCUCUUAAAAUUAUAAGUAUCACAUUAUUAUUAUAAAUUUAGAAACUUAUUAUUAGAAAAUUAAGUAGAGAAAAACUAUUUUAAGAAAUAACCUCACAUCUAGCUUAUAAAUAUAUCAUACAUUAACCCAAUCAACUUAAAAAUGA